CAAACAAAAUUAAACAUGGUUCUAUAUGGAAAAGCAAAAGCAAAAGUCCAAUCAUGGCACAAAGUGGAGAUAGUACCGAAGGAUAUCCGUGGUAUCACCAUGGGAAACAUUAUGAAUAUAACAGUAGCAGAAUGUUGCUUGUUCAAGAUUAUCAUGCAGGAUGUUAAAGCUGGCACUUUACCUGGGUAUUCAAUGUAUUUGCUUAUACCAGUGGUUUCAAUAAUGGAAGCCCUUUUAGCCCCCUUGGUAGCGUGGCUGGGCUAUAAAACACGGAGGACCACGAUUCUCAGGUGGUCUCUGGGAAUAAUGAUUAUUUCUUCCCUCUGGGUGUUUUUGCCUUCGCCGCCACGGAUCCAGGAAACAGAAUUCUGCAACAGCACAAUAAUAAAUCAGGAUAUAGAGUUUACACAUCUAUCAUUGAGGACGACUUUCAGACUGGUGAUAACUGUAGGAAUGGCCAUCUGCUUCGCCUUGGCAAGGGUGGCUUCGUGGAGCCAUGUUGUAGCUUAUAUGGACGAUAUUGCACCGGAUAGAAUGAGCGUGCAUGUGGGUAUUCUCAUAUGUGCCAGGAUAAUAGUUCUGUUAUUCAAUAACUUAUUAGUGCAAGGUUUAGAUAGGACGAUCCUCAUUACGUUAGGAAUGCUAACUAUUUUUACGCUUUUGAAUACCUUGAGGCUGUUUUUUGGAUUACCUAAGGUCACACAGGACACGGGUGAUUUGAAGCUCAUACCGAUGAAUGAUAGAGGUUACUUUAGAAGCUUAAAGAGAGUACUGUUUAACUUCGUAGCUAUGUCACAAAUGAUAUCCAUGGGGUUGGUAGCAGCUGCUCUCUGGGGCUUCGGUUAUUAUGAACACGAAAUUAUUAAGACAAACUUCAAUAUUAUGCCAAUAAUUGGAAACAAUAUCAAUGACAGCACCAAAUUCUUGAUAAACGUUGUAUUUAUUUUUGCAGUUGUGUACAUGGGAGUAAAGCAAUCAGCUCCGAUAAGGCCAAAAUUCGACAUGACAAAGGCAUUGUCUAUCUCCUUCAAGAUGACGUUCUUUGUGAUAAUACUAUAUAUACUUAUAGUCGCAGCCCCGCCUUGUUCUAAGGGACAUGUCGCUGGGUUGGAAAAUGGUCAGGAUUAUGCUAGUCCCCAGUGUAGCUUGCCUUGUGGAUGUGUUCCAAGAUUUAAGGAAUUUUCACCAGUGUGUGUGGUUGAUACCAUGACGACAUAUGUGUCGCCGUGUGAAGCUGGCUGUACAGAACAACAAAGUAUCAAUAACUUACGGGUGUAUACAAACUGUAGUUGUGCCUCAACUGGACACGCAAUUCCGGGCGCCUGCAGCGACUAUAACUGUCAAAUUGGAUUUAAUUACCAUGGAGCCCUGUUUAGCAUGAUAUUGACGGUGUCUCUCGUGGCGUUCCAAGCUCAUAGCAUGUCUAUCUUGAAGUCAGUGGACCCUCGAGACAAGUCCAUCGCCAUAGGUCUGAUGUGGUCUGUCAUCGCUGUAAUGACUUUCGUGGUCGGAAAUAACAUCUUUUAUGCUAUUGACCUAAACACCUGCAGCUGGUAUACCGGCCAGAGAUGUCAGCUCCACAGCGACUGGUUCCCGUAUGCCGUUGGAAUUACCUGUGUCAACUUCACCCUCACAGCCUUGAUUAUCAAUGGCGCAGCGUGCAGAUAUUUGCGAACGAAACGAAAAGAUGACGUCACAGAUGAACCAAAUGCUUGUACGUCUACCAGAAUCUGAUGGCAUAUUUAUAUUUAAGAAAUAAAAUAUUUUCAUGUGGCAA